UACACACGUUACAUGUCAUUAUUGCCAAGCAUCAUCGCGCUGGCCCCCACGGGUCACGGCGUCGGAGGAGGACUGGACGCUUUCUCACUUUUCACAGGGAACAAAUAUAGCCCACACGAUUUUUCAUUCGCUACCUUCAUAUCAGAAAGACCGCCGUCUCCGCCGGGCGCCUCCCUGUAAAAGGGGGCCGGGCCAGCGCGUCGUCCCCAUGUCAGACGCCAAAGAUGCAUCAUCUUUACUCCCGCCGGCGGAAGCUCCUCCCCUUCCGCCGCCGCUCCCUCCGGCGUCCCUCUACAGGCAAAACACGUGGUCGCCGGACACGUUCCGCGACGAGGCUUGGCGGCGCCGGAAGGGCAACCACGGGAUCCGCCUGAGGGAGCGCAGCAAGAGCGUCACCAACGAAGACCUCGAUGAGCUCAAGGGGUGUAUCGAGCUCGGCUUCGGUUUCGACUCGCCCACCAUGGACAAACGCUUGUCCGACGCUUUUCCGGCGUAUGAUCUCUUCUACGCAGUCAAUAAGCGCUACAACAACUCCGUUUCAAAGUCGCAAUGUGUAUCAUCCAACCUCUCCGAUUACGGCACUCCCUCCCCCUCCGGCAGCCCCCGCGCCAUAUUCGGCCCCGGGGAAAAUCCACAGGCGGUGAAGACAAGGCUGAGGCAAUGGGCACAAGUGGUGGCCUAUUCUGUGCGGCAAUCUUCAGUUUGAUGACCAAUUGUAGAAGAUGAAUGAUCAUAUAUUAUAAUCAAAAUCAGAGGCAGAACAACAUUUGACGAAAAGUACUACGUAGUAGUAUGCCGAGACAUGAUCCUUUCGAGUAACUGUCCGCCGCCGGAGAAUAUCUUAGGAAUGUUUCAUAGUUAUUCCUUAAACCGGCGUCCUGUGAUGGUGCUCUACACACGUCGUUGUAAAGCAAUGGGGAACACAACUUAAAGGCUUUUCUUUGAUCUGUUUCAAUGGUGUCUUUUGAAUUCUAAUUUUGUUGGUGUUUGAAUCUUAGGCAUCUGUGUAUCUUACUCUAACCACUACUGAUGAUUAUGUCCAUGGCUUUUGGUGGCUUUGCUUUGGCUUUUGUUUUCCGCUUUUCAUCGUUUCUACUGGGUUUAAGGUAGUGCUAGCUGCUACAUUCGGUUUCAUGUCUGCACUUUGGUUAAUGGGAUAUGAAAACGUCAAAAGUUGUUUCUUUAA